AUGUCCUUCGCCUCCUCUUUGUGCACGUUUCUGCCCUUUACAUCCUCUAGAAGCGAUAAGCGCGUCUCGUCUUUGAAAAGAAGCUCAGUUCACCAUCGCGUCCGAAAAAGUUGUAAUAAAAAUGGAAAUUCAUGUUCUCCGAUUUUGAGAGCUGUUGCAGAUGUUCCAAACGAUGAUGAAGGACAAAACAGAGUAGAAGAAAACGAGUGGACGUCCACAACGUUUCAGUUGGACAGGAUUCUCGAAGUCGCGAUCAAAGCAGCCAACGAAGGUGGCUACAUAAUGCGUAAGUUUGGUUCUGAGGGUGCGGAUAUCGUCAAGACUAAAGUAAACACGAGAGAUUUGUUAACGCAAUACGACAAAGAGGUCCAAGACAUCAUUUGCUCGAAAAUAAAAUCGAACUUUCCUAACCACCGAAUACUUGGCGAAGAAGACGUCGCUCCAGGCGCAGAUGCAGCCAUAAAAGCAACCAAAGACGCUUUCAUUCCGAAACAAAGUAAAAACGACGAUGGCGAAGACCCGAAUGGCGAUUACGUGUGGGUGAUAGAUCCAAUCGAUGGGACAACCAACUUCGUCUCAGGCAUGCCACUCUCCGCCAUUAGCAUCGGCGUCUGUUCGCUCGAGACGAAAGAAGUCGUCGUGGCUGUCAUUUACGACCCGUUUCGUCGCGAAACGUUUCACGCGAUUAAAGGUCGCGGUGCUUUCAUGGAUGAACGAAAGAUAUCCGUCGAUAACUGUUCGAAAAUAGAUGAUUGUUUAGUUGCCACCGGGUACGCUCCGACCGAAGAGAGCAGUCGCUUCCUCCUCGAAACGACCACUAACUUGACCAAAUACCCCGUCCGCUCGAUUCGUAUGCUCGGUAGCGCGGCGAUAAUGUUAGCCUGGGUAGCUUGUGGAAGAGUAUCGUGUUACAUAGAAGAAUCCUUAAACGCGUGGGAUACUGCCGCGGGUGCUUUGCUCGUUGCCGAAGCUGGCGGCGUUUUCACCGACUUCUCCGGAAAAGAGUACGACAUAUUCACUCGAGAAACGCUCGCGAGUUCAGGGAACACGGAGGUGCACAAAUUACUUCUAGACGCCGCCGGCACGACGACGACUGCGUCGGCGCAGAGGUAG